UGACAAUGUUCCUACGUCUUGUUGCCACGGUAACCAUGAACGCUACACUGUAUCGGUAUGUCGUUAGCUGUAUACAUUGAAACAUUUCUAGUGCAGAAAAGGAAGCCUAUUUCAUUGAUAUCUUAGGACCAAAACCUGAACUGGGAUAAACCGUCGAAUUUUGCUAUUAGUCUCUCAACUUUUAGCUAUAACAAUAUGACAACGAAUUAUGUUAGAAUUAAUCCCCCGGUUGUUGAGUUUACCGACGUAAAAGCAGGGAAGGUUUACAAGACCACUGUCACGGUGACCAACACUGGAAUUACCUCGAAAAGAAUGAGACUCCUUGAACCCACAUCAAAGCUGUUCAAAUUCAGGGUGACAAACACAGAAACCCCCAUUGCUGCUGGAUUGUCCCUGAGUGGCACUCUAGAGUUCAGGCCUGAGAAAGAUGAGGAUGUCUGUGACCGUCUGCUCCUUGUCCUGGAAGACAAAGCCAUGGAGAUCCCCCUCUUAGCGUUCUCCCCAGCGUGUUCUCUCACCAUGGAAUCUCUCGCUGAUUUCGGCUCUGUGAUGGCAAACAGUCAGGUGAUCAGCAAAGAGGUGGAAUUGACCAAUCAGGGAUCUGCUCCAGGAUCUUUUCAGGUGCUGUAUGAUGGAGACCAGUCCAUCAGGCUCUCUCCCAGCAGUGGCAUCCUGCAGUCUGGCGCAACCCAGUGGCUGAAGGUGGAACUGUGCACUGACAGACCCACGAGGGUCAGAGAGGAGGCCCAGGUGAAGCUGCAGAACAGUAAGGACGUGGUCCUGAAGAUCAGGGCUGAUGUUUUGGAGCAGAGCCUGGAGCUCCAGGACCUAGAGGGGGACAGGUUGUCCUGCCUCCGCUUCGGACCCGUCUUCUUUGGGACGUCCCGGGUGGAAAAGGUGGUUCUGGUGAACAGUGGACCACAGGCCUGCGACUGGAUGGUGGUGCUGCAGGACGAUGCUCCAGGGACAGAAAUGGUACGCAGAUACAGAGAGAAAACACAGACACACACAUGCACCAACACACACAGAGAGAAAACACAGAUACACACAUGCACCAACACACACAGAGAGAAAACACAGACACACACAUGCACCAACACACACAGAGAGAAAACACAGACACACACAUGCACCAACACACACAGAGAGAAAACACAGACACACACAUGCACCAACACACACAGAGAGAAAACACAGACACACACAUGCACCAACACACACAGAGAGAAAACACAGACAGGCUUUGACCUCCAGAGGAGUACAGACGCAGCGCUGCUAGAGAGGAGUGUUCGUAACAGGGCCACCGCUGUGGAUCCCUCCACUGUGAUCGCCUGUGUGCCCAACGAGGGACGACUGAGACCCUACGACAGAACCACUCUGUGGGUCUGCUUCCGUCCUGUCAGCAGAAGAAGGAGCAGGGAGGAGCAGAAGAGCAGUGGGGCCUCAGCAGCAGCCAGUAAACAAGACGUCUCCCUCUUCCUCAAGUUCCACACGGUGGGAAGUAAAGAUGGCUUCAACCAGCAGCAGCAGCAGCACUCCACUGUACCUCCCCACAAUGGUUACUGUGUGGAGCUGGCGGUGACUGGCUCAGCCCUCCCUGUCUCCCUGGUGCCCAGCCCCGGCCACAGCUUCAGCUUCCAGCAGUGCCUGAUGGGAGAGCGCGUGGACGUCCUGUGUGUGCUCCACAACCUCUCCCCUCAUCUCCCUGUCACCUUCAAGUUCCGAAAGAUGGCCAACUUCAUCAGUGACCCCACUAGUGGAACCAUCUCCCCAGGACAGGACGUGGUGCUAUCCUUCGCCCCCCACCAGAUGGGGACGUUCAAAGUGAAACAGGUGCUGGAGGUGCCCUGUCCACUGGAUCUCCUUCCUCCAUACAUAGCUCCGCCUGCAACCCACCUCACCCUGCACCUGUCAGCCCUUCCCAUACUGUAUAGAAUCACCCCGGCUGUGACCAAUGAGACAGGCCAGUGUGCCCGGGUGCCCUCCAGUGAGCUGGGCAGGUGUGUGGGAUUGGUGCGGGCAGCUGUCCUCAGCACGGCCAAGACCCGGCUCCACAGCCACGGUCAGAGCCAGAGCCACCGUAGGAACCAGAGUCUAGACGGUCGCCGGCGAGAGCUACUGGCCUUCCCCAACGACAGGGCCUGCAGCAUCCGCCCUGCCUCUCCGGACACCACCUACAGGACCAUCUUCACGGGGGUGGAGCGUUACCGCUACGAGGACCCUGACUUUUCCUUCACGGAGGAGGAGGAGCAGCAGAGACAGAGACACAGAGAUCACUACCUCGCCUUCAUCAGGAGCCUGCGAAAGACACGCUUGCAGAAAACCACUGCGAGGCUGCAUGGUGAGGUGGAGGACAACGUAGACAUUGGGCUCCGGCCUGCCGCAGGACUCCUCACCCCCCAGCUCUCUCUGAGGGACCUGGAGUCCAAUCACAGCCAGGAGGGGCAUAGCGUCCACCAGGGACAUAGCCAGCUAUUAACCACCUGUAUGCUGGCUGCCAUGGAGACCAGGUCCAGAUUCAGACAGGUGACAGAGGGCAUCAAUGCACUACCCUCCACCAACCAGGAGGUGGCAGACUGCAGUCGCACCCUGACAGUUCAGCAGCUCCACCAAGUAGUCAUAGGCCCGUCCUUAAUAGAUUUUGGUGAGGUGUGUGUGGCCUCAGUGUGUGUGAGGAACCUGGACCUGGUGAACAACCUGCAGGUGUAUGUGUGGGUGCAGCUGGAGUUAGACUGCUGUCCUGAGCUGCAGCGCUCCAGCCCCCUGUCCCACGUCCUGCCCCCCCUCUCCAGAGCCACCCUGCCCCUCGUCUUAGAGAGCACCAAGCUGGGAAAGUUCCACAAGUCAAUCUCCUACACGGUGAAUAGUCAUCACCGAAGCCAUGUCCUGGUUCAGUCCCAGCUGGUCCCUGUGGUCCUCCAGCUGUCCCAGAGCCAGGUGGUCCUGUCCCCUUCCCCCAGCUACCUGGCCCAGUCGGGCUACAGGGGUACUGUGACCCUGGUCAACCCCAGGAACCACCCGGCUGACUUCACCUGGAGGCCCAUCAUCACAGAGACGGGCCUGGCCUUCUCCAUACGCCCAGCCACAGGUACUGUGGAGGCGUACAGGGAGUUAGACUGUGAGGUGAUGUGGCAUCCCUCUUUCUCCUCUCCUCUGGAGGGACAGUUUGACCUGUGUGUUCACCAGGGAAACACCGCACAGCUACGAUGUCUGGCCAAGCUUGGUUCAUCCAGUGUGCAGCUGUCUGAGAAACAUCUGGUGUUUGGAUCAGUACCUCUCAUCUUCCCCUCCGUCAGGACCGCAACGCUACACAACACAGGACACAACCAUGCCUACUUCCAGGUGUUGGACGUGUACCCCCUGCCUGGCAUGGUGGUGACCCCCACCGAGGGUGUGGUACCUGUGGGGGGGCAGGCAGAGGUCCAGGUGCACCUCAACCCCGGAGCUGUCAUGAAGUUUGACACCAGAGUGGAGAAAUCCUUCCUGUUCCACGGGGUGUAUUCUGGUUCCAGUCGUGGCGUUCCGUUCUCCCUGAGGAACCGAUCCUCUGCCCUGGCCCGGGUCCAGUUUGACCUGUCAGAACACACUGACUUCACCAUCCACUUCCCUCCACACUCUGCAGGUACGAGCCAGGAGCCAGACGUGUUUGUGAUGGAUUUACAGGGGCAGCAGACUGCCCAGUGUUGCCUGGUGUUCUCCCCUAAACAAGUGGCAGCGUAUGACUUCAACCUGCCUGUGACGGUCAACGGUGUGGGCAUGCCUCCCUUCUCCUCUUCCUCCUCCUCCGCCCCUCCCAACUCUGUCCCCAAGUCCUCCUCUUCCCGGGACCAACACAUCGUCACCCCGCGCCCACUGCCCAUCGCCAUGGAGACGCUAUCCCGCAGGGUGCAGGCCACAGCUCUGUGUGUCCCGCUGGAGAUGUCCCCAUCAAGUCUCCAGUUUGAUCUGGAGCCCUUUAGCUCAGUCACUACUACCUCACAAACUCAGACCGUAGAGCUGAGGAACGUGUCUGACAAGAGGGUGAGCUGGAGGAUUGACUGCAGCGCUGCAGUAACACCAGGAGGGGGCAGUAGCACCAGCAGCAAUGAGGGACUGUUCACUGUCUGUCCUACCGCUGGGACACUGGAGCCAUUGCAGUGUGUGUCUGUCACUGUCUCCCUCUCUCCUGAGAGAGUCCCACCAGUGACAGUGGGUCAGAUCGAGGUGUCCCUCCCUCUGUUUCUGUCUGAGGAGGGGCAGGAGGAGAGAGAGGGGGAGGAGGGGGGAGCCCCUCACCCCUACAGGGUGCUGUCUCUCAGUGCCACCCCUCACCCCCCCAGCAUCACCUUCCUCCCCCCUCGAGUCCUCCUCACCCCUGUCCCUCUGGACACACCCUCCACCACCACCCUCUUCCUGCUCCCCACCGGGUACCCCAGUGGUUCCUGUCUGCGUGUGGAGGUGGAGGAGAUGGUUCUGAAGGAUGGCAGUCGGGUGAAGCCCCUCUCAGUCAGCCUGCCCCACAAUGGCACCGUCCCUCCCCAGACCCACACAGAGCCCCAGACCCACACAGAGCCCCAGACCCACACAGAGCCCCAGACCCCCAUCAGCUGCACAGUGACCUUCUGCUCCCCUCAGCCCCUGGACCUCAGCUCACACAUCACAUUCCUGGACCACCUCAACAACAGGUUCAGGGUGGAGGUCUGUGCUACAGCAGAUAACAGUUUGUUGACAGUGUGGCCCUACCUGGCUCUGCACCGCUCUGAGCAGCAGAUCGUCCUCAAGAGUGGUUGUCUGAGCGGCUGCAGCGGCGAAUCAGGGCCCUCUCAGAUGACAGGGAAGGCGGUGCUACAGCCAUGCUACUCCCCCAGCCCUCUCUCUCGCUACACUUCCUCCUCCUCCACCUUCGCUUUCCUCUCCUCCACCAGUAAUCACGCCACCUCUGACUCUGGAGACAGCAGGAGUAGGACUGGGAGUGCAGGACCAGGACCUAGAGGGAAGGAGGACUGGCCCCAGAAGGAGACAGAGGGUGAGAGAGAGACGGAUGGUGUGACUGACCAGCAGCAGUGGCAGCAGCAGGGUAUACCAGUGUUUCCAGGGCAGGACUCAGAGGAGGGGUUGUACUAUCACAGCAUUCUGCAGGCCGUACAGAAGUGGUUCAGUCAGUUUGGCUGGCCCCGUGGACCAAACCCCAUCUCUCUACCACGCUCUCUCAGAAGGUAAACCUCAUCUCUCUACCACGCUCUCUCAGAAGGUAAACCUCAUCUCUCUACCACGCUCUCUCAGAAGGUAACCUCAUCUCUCUACCACGCUCUCUCAGAAGGUAAACCUCAUCUCUCUACCACGCUCUCUCAGAAGGUAAACCUCAUCUCUCUACCACGCUCUCUCAGAAGGUAAACCUCAUCUCUCUACCACGCUCUCUCAGAAGGUAAACCUCAUCUCUCCACCACACUCUCUCAGAAGGUAAACCUCAUCUCUCAGAAGGUAAACCUCAUAUCUCUACCACACUCUCUCAGAAGGUAAACCUCAUCUCUCAGAAGGUAAACCUCAUCUCUCUACCACACUCUCUCAGAAGGUAAACCUCAUCUCUCUACCACGCUCUCUCAGAAGGUAAACCUCAUCUCUCAGAAGGUAAACCUCAUCUCUCUACCACACUCUCUCAGAAGGUAAA